AGAAAAAAAGAUAAAAUCAGACGAAACUAGAGUACAGUAAGUAAACAAACAAAUUCAAGACAAUUUAUAAUCAACAAUUUCGUAAGGAAACAUUUUCUUUGCGAUAUAAGUCUAAUAGACAUUUAUUCAAGUUGGAUUGGUGAAUACUUGUCAGUAAAAGGCAAAUUUUUUAUUCGUUAAAUUUUAAUGCAGGGUGUAAGUGAUGCAGGGUGUAAAAUAAGUCAAAUUAAAAGUUCUAUAUCAAAAUCACAAAAUUUAGUAACAAAUCUGGACUCGACAUCUAGUAAUAAAUUCAGACAUAAUAAUUCAUCAACUCUUGAAGAUAACGGUACUUCGAAUUAUAAGUUUAAGUACAUCUCGAAACCAGAGCUUGAGGCAGUUAUAAAGCGUGUCCGAAGAGCAAAGCAGAGAAAGAGAGAUGAAGAGGAGUGGAAAUACUUUGUCCAAUUAAGACAGGAGCCGAGGGAUGCAAGUUCAUGGCAAGUUUGCAGUGCAACCGGAAGGUCGAACACUUGCGUGGAGUGUGGGCUCCCAGAAUCAACUCCAACAUCUUCGUCCAGUGACCGCGGACAAUCUCAAAGUGGCGAAGAGGAAAUAUCAAAAGACAGUGGAACUGUUAAGGCAGCUGUUUCUGUUCCUGAAAUAGUGGCAACAACUGAGGAUGUUAUUGCUUCUCAUACUUAUCAGUUGAGUCCUGGGCUGUUGAAGCGGCUGGAGGACCUGAUAUCCACAGUCGGCAGGAUGACAGCUCUGCUUCUCAACCCUGGACUGUGCUCUCAGCUCGAAGACGAGGACGUGGACAGGACCAUCAAACGAAGCCUCGAGUUUGACGCCAUGUUCGCCAGAAACCACCUUUAUGAGAUUCAGAGAUUGUUGAAAGACACAAAACAACUGAUCAGGUCUGCCAACACAAUAGAGCUGGAGGCCAAGAUAGUUGGGGCACUCAAGUGUGUCACUCAGGCAUUACAGGUGUAUAUGAGACAUGUGAGCAAGGGAUCACGGAUCAAGUACCAGCAGGUUGUUCCAAUCUUCCAGAGCAUUACGAGUAUAGAGAAGCUCUUGGAACAUUUGACUGGCCGACAGCUCUUUCCCAUGCGCCAGGAACUGGAGGUGUCUUGUAACUACCUGAAGAAGUUGCUCCUGGAGACCAGCACCACAGAGACCAGGAGUGUUGUGUCCAGAGCGAGUCACAAGGUACCGAGAGGCCACAACACACGCAAGCCCUCCACCGAUCUGUCCAUGUACAAUCGUCGAGGCCGAGACUGGAGGCGCAAGUCCGCAGCACUCGCCAGACAGCGGUUCGGCCCUCCACUGUACAAGAAGCAUCAGAGAAAAUCUGGGUCGGGUUCGGCCACUGCCAGGGGAAAAUUGGAUGCCAAACUUAGGAAAGAUCCUACUCUAAGUGGUACAACAAGCCAAGUGCUGAGUAGUAAAUCUUAUGACAAGUCCGGUCUCUUGAAGGAAGGAACGAACGCCAAGGAUGUGACAUUUCGGAAUGCUACUCGGGCAGUACCAGAGGAACAAAUCACGACUAUGAUGGAGAUGAUCCCUCAUGAGCCUUUGGAUGAGAGCGACCUGUGUCUAGACGAUAGCGAAUUUCAAGCCCUCAAGCUUCUAAACGGUGCCCAACCCUCGAUUCAAGAGAGUAAAGUUGUAGAUAUUCAGCCUGAAGAUGACAUUGCGUCAGGUGUGCUAAAUGAGGGUAGCUCGGUUGAAGUAUCCCCUGUAAUUUCUGUCCCAUUCUGUGAGCCAGGAUCCGUUGUUAAUGAGUCUUCUAAGGUAAAAAUUUCAUCAAGAAGUAAAGAUGGCGAAGACAACAAAACAAAUUCAGCAAAAAGCAGUGCCAGGGGAAUCUGUAACGUGCAGCUUGUGUGCCUUACGGAGAGUUCUCGGACCGACUCAUCUCACGCACUUGCUCAAGAAAGUACCACAAUAGGCAGGGAUGAGUGUACGACGCUGAACAUUGAGAGCACAACCAAAAGUGAGGCCGAGGAGUUCAAGCGCAAAAUGACUGACUACCACAACUCCAGCCCACAUUACAAGGACGGGAAAGCAACUGACGUCGUUGACAGGUUAGCCAACCAAAUUCUCACAGAUAUGAUUUUGGAUUUCCAACGGGACGAAGUGGACCAAGUUAUUAGGAUAUUAUACAAUUUGGAGUUUGAAUAAAUCUUCUGUUGGUUGGAGUUUUUGAAGUAGAAGAAAAAGAGGAUGCAACUAUUGAAAAAUAUCGACGUUGCUCCAAGACCAGUGCAGCAAAAUCAAAAUUAAUACAUUUUUCAGACACGAUCUUAUUUUUGGCAUUCUGUCGUAGAAACUAUGUUACUAAUCUGUAACUGUACAAUGAAGUUUGCUAGGAGCAGAAAAUAACUUCAAAAUAAAUUUCAACAAUUGUUCAUUAAUAAAAUAUAGUAUUAAUCCAUAAA